UCGCAAUCCUUUCAGAACUUUCGCAUUCGAAACGUAUCUCCGCACGAGACACACAGCACACAAAUAACUAAAAAAAUAUUUCUCACUUUUGUAAGAACACUGAAAUACUUUUCUAAUUCGCUUUACUAUAAGUUUUCAACUUCCUUGAACAUGGUUUUCGCCAGCUGGUUUAACACACAGAAGGAAACUUUUAUCGUUGGCUUCCGCGACUGCAAGUCCCGUCUCCUGCUGGCCUUCGCCGAUUUGGAUGCAAAGGGUGCACGCUUUUCCAAGUGCCUGGGACUUGAAGAUGGCCGGAACGAUGAGUUCCUUCAGUUUCUAACCGAACAAUCUUAGAAAUUCCCAGUGCUUUAUAGGGGUUUUGAUAGUAUUUUUAUACUAUAUAGGGGGAAAUAAAUAAAGCUUUAUCGGCCAAUGGCGUGCAAGUGCACGGAAA